CUUGCUUGUUUGUGGGUUGAUCGAAGACUUUCUUUUUUCCGCAAGGAUUCUUUGAUUUAAGGUAUGGCUUAUCAAGGCUUUGGGGCUCCACCGCCAGGUGGUUAUGGAGGGGGUUAUCCAGGUUACGGAGGCUAUCCAGGAGCAAUGCAACCUCAGGCUGAUCCACUUUUUGGCUAUUUUUCCGCUGUCGCUGGACCUGAUCAGCAGAUUGAUGCCAAAGAACUGCAACGCUGUUUAACAAGUUCAGGCAUCUCUGGAAGUUAUCAUCCUUUCAACUUGGAGACUUGUAGGACCAUGAUCACCAUGUUGGAUCGUGACCUCAGUGGCAAAAUGGGUUUCAAUGAAUUCAAGGAGUUAUGGGCAGCCCUAAACCAGUGGAAGACUACCUUCAUGCAGUAUGAUGCAGACAGGUCAGGUACAGUUGAACCACAUGAGUUACAUGCGGCCCUCUCUGCCUUUGGUUAUAGAUUAAGUCCAAACGCGUUGAAUGUCAUUGUGAAGCGGUACUCGACUGAUCACCGAAUCACUUUCGACGAUUUCGUAGCUUGCUGUGUGAGGCUGCGAGCGUUGACUGAUCAGUUUAGAAGACGCGACGCGGCGCAGAAUGGGGUUGCGAAUUUCCAGUAUGAUGACUUCAUCCAAGUCGCCAUGUAUUGCUAAGACGUUAGACAAGUUCCUGCAAGCUCUUCCAAUUUUUCUGUUGAUUAACUUUAUUUUUAAUUUUUUUUUUUUUU